UUCUCUUUGAAUUUGAUUAAGAAAACCAAACUGGUCUGAUUUCUAAAAGGCUAAAACCCUUUCUUUCUCUUCAAAUUUUCUUCCUUUUUGCUACAUUUUUCUUGGGGAGACUUAUAAAUGUGGCAAAAUCAGGCCAAUCAUUCUUCUUACAGUGAUUCUGUCAAGGCUCUUGAAGAUGAUAUACAACAUGCUAAUUCCUUUGCAGGGCAUUGUCACUUCCUGGAGAUUGUGAUGGGAACUUUUUUCAGAUGAAAUUAUCUUACAGCCCCUUUGCACCUCUUUUCUUGCACUUGAUUCAAUGGUUGGAUCUUAGUUGCACAGAUACUUUACCUGUGUAUUUGGGAUUACUCCAUAUACUAAUUUUCAAUGUAUACGCUGAUGGAAUACCAUCUAUUUCCUCAAGUGAAAGGAAAGCAACUAUAAAGGAAUUUUAUGCUGUUAUAUACCCUUCAUUAAGGUUGCUUCAAGGCGAGUUUAACAAUGAUCCAAGACACAGUUAUGCAGAAGUGAAGAGAAAGAGGCUUGAAAAGGUUCUCAGUAAAGAUUUAGAGGGAGAUGAAGAAUGUGGCAUAUGCAUGGAAAACAACAUGAAGAUGGUUCUGCCUAAUUGUGGACAUUCCUUCUGCAUAAGUUGCUUCCAUGAUUGGUACAUGAGAUCAGAGUCAUGUCCCUUUUGCCGUGGAAGCAUGAGAAGGAUCAGUCCUGCAGAUUUAUGGAUGGUCAUUGGCAACAGUGAUGUGGUUGACAGCUUCACCAUUGCAAAAGACAAUUUGAGACGUUUGUACCUUUUCAUUAAAACUCUGCCUCCAAUCUUAGCAGAACCACAUCUACUAUACACAUUCAAUUACAUGCUAUGACUUCAACAAAAAAAGUGUUUUAAUUAUAACUUUUAUGCAGUUGAAAUAGUUGAAUCAGACAAAUAUGCUUUUCCUGUGUUGUGAACACCUCAAUCUCAUGCUUAUAAUAUUGAAAGAGUACAGAGCAUAAACUAUGAAAGGCAUCAAUCAUAGAUAUUUUGAUUUCUUUUACCUGUGAGAGCCUAAAGUU